AUGUUCCGGGCCACUGUGGAAGAAACUGAGAGCACUUCGCCGUUAGAAGUCGGGGUCGGCGGUCUCGAAAAGUCACUCCAUGUCGAACGAGAGGCAGCAGAAGUCGAACGCGCCAUGGUGCGAGCCUUGCCAGCGCGGGUCGCGCUGGAGGCCUUUCUCGCGGCGGCGGCGGGCUUCACGGAUGACCCGCCCGCGCGCGACGCCUUCGCAGUGGUGCUGCGAAGUUUGACUGGGGAGAUAUUUGGCGGGGACUUGCCUCGGGACGUGAGGAAGUUUUCGCCAGGGCUGCAGAUGGAUUACAUCGGCCGAGCGGUGAACCAGUUGGUGCGUGAGAAUUAUCUGCAGCUGGUUGUGUUCCCUGAUUUUGAGGCAGCUGUGGCGGCGCUGUCGCAAGCGGUCCAGCGCCGAGCUGCAGACACGGGCUCCGAGUUUUCGAUUUGUGACGAGUCGCGGGCACCUGACUUGGUCGAGGGUGAUUUUCGGGUGAAUGAUAAGGAGUUGAAUGCUCCUGUUACUGUGGCAAUGUUGGAUGCGCGAUUGGAUGCGCGAGAUGCGACCAACAAGCGAGACUUUGAGACGAUGCUGAGCGAUAAUAAUACAGUGUAUGCGGAUAUCAACGGUAAGUGGCGCGAGGUUAAUGUCUUGUGCCACCGCGGUGGGAUGAUCUGUGUGGCGUGGACUGGCGGUGAGUCGCAGCAACGGCACAGUAUGGAUUUGCCGCGGGGCAAGGUCCGGACGCUUGAGGAGCAUAACGAUCUUAAAGGGCGCUUCAUUAUUCGGCAGUUUCCCAUGCUUAUGCGCUUCUUCGGCACCAUCGGAGAGGUAGAGCAGCAUCAGUACAUCAGAAUGUUGGCAAGCGGAGUUAAGUCCGUUGCCGGCGACGCCUAUACCCUUGACGUCAAAGCGGCUGCGGUGGAGCGGGCUAUUUCGAGCAUCGGGAUGAGCGAAGAAAUGAUAAGCGCGAUGUUUGCAGACGGCCCGCAGGCGCCUCAGCAGGCGGUGGUUGGUCACGUCACCGCCAAGCUGGCUGAGGCCAUCAGAGCGCGGGCUGGGCAGGAGGGUAUUCUCUGCCAGCCAUCCAGCGCCGACGAUGCGCGCAUACAUCGACGCGGACGUGGCCCGGCAGCCUAUGGGGCCGACCAUGAGGAGAACAAAUCUAUGCAUGAUCCGACACUAACGAUGGUUGAACGAUAUCUGACGCUGCGUUUGGCAUGUUCCGGGCCACGGGAGGAGAAAUUGAGAGCACUUCGCCGUAGGAAGUCGGGGUCGGCGGCCCUAAAAAAUUACCCCAUGUCGUGCGAGGCGAAGGAUUGUAGGGCAAUUCUUAGUGUACUUUCCGCCAGAAUUAGUAUAGGCGCUUGUCAAAUCCUAACGGGAUUUCAAAUUUCACAUUUCUACAAUUUUUUAGAGAAGGGUUGUAAUCGGGGAAAUUAG